GUCUUAUAUCGGUAUUUGAUGUUCUAGGCAGCAACUUAAUUUAAAGAUGGACUAAACGUUGGCGUUUGACAGUAUUUACGCCGAAUUUACCGAGAGACUCUUAAGUGUUUUUAAACACGUGGGUCGUUGUGACUCGAUGAAUAAACCUCCGCCGAUGGGACGCGAACCUUAAACGGACGCCUUCGCCAACGGAGGCUCGCGCGCCGCCUCGCCAAGUCAAGGCGAAAAGUGCAAACUUGGCAGUGCUCGCGCUCUCCAUCACCCCGCGAGGAGGAAGGGAGCGGGACUCGUGCUCGCGUGCACUCGCAGCGCGCCCCCCAUUCAGUUACAGCGGGUGUUAUACAUAAUUCAGUCCCAGCGAGGGGACACCUCAGUCGCUGCCCUCCCGCCGAGACGCGGCGGAGCUGCAGGCUCCCGCAGCCCGUGGACGGACACGCCGAUGCGGCCGCUUCCUGGUCCUGAGCGGGCGGCGGCUGGAGCCGGGAGGAGGAGGACGGGGGCUCGUUUGUUGCAGGCUACGCUCGACUUCCAUCGGCUGAGGAAAGGCAGCGAGGAGCGCUGAGCCGCCGGAGACGUAAACAUUGCCAUGCCCAGGCGGAUGCGCCGCGCCGCCGCGUUCCCUCCCUCCGCUUCCGCCUCCUCCGGUGCAGGGAACGGGCUCCGCGCCGGAGCUCCGCGGUAGCGCGGUGCAGUGGGUGUCGGCGGUGAAGUUGUGUUCGGGAUAGGAGGCUGCGGCGGGCCACGCUCGGCGCCGCGCGCGCCCCGUCUGACUUUGCCGCGUCCGCGUUUCGCGGCCAUGCUGCGGGCGGCAUCCUGCGACCUGUUCCCGACCUGAGCUCCGCUCUCGGGGACAAACAACUUCCCCAACGCGGUGAAGCAGCAGCCUCCUCGCGUUGGUCCUUUUGUCUCCCUGCAACAUUCUGGAACUGGCGUGAUCGCGAGGAUCUCUUUGUUUCCACUUCAAGGAAGAAAAUGCAUUGAGACAACUAUCUGAAACUUUAAUCCAAGCUGCGCGUGCAUGACUGCUCGCUGGGACCACCCUUGCAAUUAUCACAGUAACGCAGCGCCAUGGGUGCAAAGCAGACCAAAGGCCCGGAGGCGGGGGGCGCCAGCCCGCAGCACAGCUGGAAGCGCACCCCCACCAAGGAGCGGGGGGACCUCCUGGCGUCCCUCAUGCUGAAGUCAGGGGACAGGCUGAGCCGCGGUGGGACGCCGCCGCCGCCCUACCAGCGCCGGAUCGGCAUGAUCCAGGAGAUGAUGCUGAUGGCGAAGCAGGGGAAGCAGGACGAGGCCACGGAGAUGCUGAAGACACUCCGGCAGGACCUGGGCAUGGAGUCAACAUCCCUGGAUGACGUACUGUACCGCUACGCCAGCUUCAGGAACCUGGUCGACCCCAUCACACAUGACCUGAUCAUCAGCCUGGCGCGAUACGUGCACUGCCCCAAGACGGAGGGCGACUCUCUCGGGGCCAUGGAGAAGGUUUGCCGUCAGCUCACCUACCACCUGAGCCCCCACUCCCAGUGGAGGAGGCAGGGCCUGCUCAAGAGGAAACCUCAGGCCUGUCUGAAGGCCGUGCUGUCGGCCGCUCCGUCCAGCGGCGCCCUGGACCUGUCCGGCAUCCCUCUGACCGCUCGAGACAUGGAGCGCCUGUGCGCACACCUGCAGCGCCACGCGUCCACGGUGGCCAGCCUGGAGCUCGGCUUCACGGAGCUGACGGACGAGGCCUUCCUCCUGCUGCUGCCCACGCUGGCCGCGCUGCCGCACCUGGAGACGCUGGCGCUGAACGGCAACCGGCUGACCCGCGCCGUUCUCAAGGAGCUGACCGAUGCUCUGAAGGAUCCAGGGAGUUUUCCCAGUGUGACCUGGAUUGACCUGGGCAACAAUGUGGACAUCUUCUCCCUGCCGCAGCCCUUCCUGGUGAGCCUCAGGAAGCGCUGCCCCAAACAGGGCAACUUGCCCACCAUCCUGGAGUUUGGAGAGAGCCAGGCCAGCGACCCUCCUGAGAGGCUGAGGGGGCUCGGGGAGGAGGAGGAGGAGGAGGGGGAGACGGACGACACCAACCGGACCGAGAGCAUGGGUGAGCUCCGCUCAGAGGUGGAGGAGGAGAUCGAUGGAGAAAUGGAGAUCGAGGAAAUGAUGGAGGAGCUGCUGGACUUUGACAGGGAAGCGCAGGGCAGGGAGGACGAGGACGACAGCAUGUGGACCGUGGAGGAGCAGAGGAAAGGAGCGAGGAGGAGGGAGAGGAGAGAGGCGGGAGGGAGCAGGGAGAAGGAGGCGCAGAGGAGAGAGCAGCGGCCGGGGAGGAGGCCGGCGAUGGUGGAGGAUGAGGACACACACAGCCACUCCUCCCGCCUCUCUUACUCCAGCCAGUCGCAACGCUCCUCAGGAGCUAUUGAGCCAAUGAGAGUGGAGGAGGAGGACCUGACCGACCAAUCAGACCACUUGACCUGAUUGCUGCCCGUAGUUCCACUCUGCUCAUGUUUCCCCUCCUGCGUCGAGUCCAUAGUGCAUGAACGGCCCUGCAAAGGCGAACUAAGUCAAACAUGGGGAUGUGCUGCGGACACUCCCUCCACUAAUCUAAUCUGUGAGCAGCCAACACAGACAGCUGGCCCAGUGACAGCUGAAGAGGAAUGAGUCCUGGUGGCCGUAACAGGACGUCUGCUUUGUCUGUAGUUUUAAAUAUAAAGUGGCUAGAAUAGACUGAUUAUUACAUCACAAUGGGCUUUCAUGUACAGAUUGUUAAUCUUUAUUCAGGUCCUUCCUCCUGGUAACCCUUGGUAAUACCUACACGUGCCUGUAGCCUUGGUAAAAGUGAGUGUUCAUAGAUUUAAACAACUAGUUAGGGACCUGGAACCUUUAGCAAAAUGUUUUUGCCAAAACUCGACAUGUAGAUGUAUAAAAUAUCUCCCUCCCACAUACGUCCACAUCAAGCCAGAUGGAUCGGAAGACAGACGGGAAUCACAAGUCAAGCCAGCAGAUUUGUGUAAAUUAGUUUCUAUUAACAAAUGAACAGAUGACUAGUCCUUCAGCGGAAGAGAGGAUUAAAUUAGUCAGCUCAGACCAAAAGAAGCAAACAUCUCACGAUGAAGAAGACACCACAAAGGCCUUGAUGAUCGUCAGAAACGGUACCAAGUGCUGCGUUUCCAAGGGAAGGAGUCGGGUCGUGUCCAUGUGUCGUGAUGUGGAAAUGAAAUAUUUAGCAGCCUUUCUCUUAUAAUCCAGGUCAUGUUUCACUCCGUGGUACUGUACGCUAGUGUGCAUCAUGCGCUUGCAUCGCUGUGUUUAUAUAUAGGCUACAAUCACAUUCACACUGGGCUGCCACUGAUUAUACUGGCCUGCAGUGUGUAGCUCUUACCCAGCCAGUCCUUUCCCUCCAUGCCUCGCCUUUAUUCCCGGCAAAGCUUUAAGACACAUAAUGUAUUUUUGGAUGUACAUUAUAUUUAUAUAUAUAUAAUGUAUAUAUAUCAUAUAUAUUGAACAAACCCCACCCAGAAGCACUCAAAUACAUAUAGUGUGCCCCAGACAGCUGCACCAGGUGCUAAGGCAUGUGAGACGCUGAGAAACGUGUGGCACAGCAUCAUCAUACUGUAGGUUUAGUAUGUGUAAGGAUGAUUAAAAGGGAAAGUAGAGACCAAAUCGUUGUCAGGGUUCUUUUCACUUGUCACUGAUGUCGUGCUGCUGCUCGUCCCCACUAGUCUUUGCAUUUCACAGACAGCGCUUGUUCCUGACAGCAACUGCUCCCAAAGACUCAGGACAGACGCGUGAAGUUAGAGAUUUCUUUCUAAGAGGAGAGAUGCAGUUUGCUUAAUGAGAGAGAAUUCCUGCGCUCACUCAUACUUGCAUGAGUUUUGCGUGUGUGUUUGUUAUGGCUGCUCUGCUCUGUGUACUGUUGGACACAGACGGUGUCGACAGGAUGAGGACGCUGAUAGUGAUGCACUCUCGUGACAUCAGUUCAAACGCUGCUUACCCUUAUCACUACCACACACUGGUCAAAAUGAUCAUUCCACCACCGUUGGUGGUGGGAAUUUACAGGCAGAGAUUCCUCUAAGUCCAACUUUACACAGAUGUGGGGACAAAUGUGUCCCGAAGCUUUUGAACCAGCUGACAACAAGAGAAAACUGGAGCCUUAAACGUCAGGAUAUCUUGGCCUCUGAUAGAUUUUCAUUCUUAUUUUCUACCUCUGAUCAUAACAAUAAUACUAAGUGGAUUUCCCCUAUAACAUGGUAGCUGUUGCCUAUGUAUGCAGAUUUAUGACACGUGUUUGCCUGAAGGACUCCACAUGUAUAUUAUAGUAUCAAAUGUAUGUGCUUUGCGGUGUACUAAUUGAUUGGUUUAAGGACAGGCUGUGCCACCAUUUAUCCCAGUAUCAAUGGCCAGUACUAAACCCCUUUGGUACAUUGAUUCAUUAAAAUGUCCUGUUCGCUCUCUUUUGGGUUGAUACAACAUAAGUAUUUUGGGUUAUGUUACAAUGUGUUGUAAUAAAAUAUCAUUAUGAAAUAAAUAUUUAGCACUUUUACUUGGUUGUUAAUGUUUAUGUACACGUUUCACAUAAAUCAUUUGGUGGGUUCUCUUCCUUGGUGGCAGGCAAGAGACUGAGGCGCUUUAGAUGUGUUUGGUUUAUGUCUGCACUUCCUUCUUCCAUCGUUCCUGUUCCUGUUUGGUUCUAAUCAUUGUCUAUUACUUACACCUGCUCUCCUCUGUAUAUUAGAACUAGUUUCACACAUGUUAGUUGUUGGUUGGUUUAUGCUCAUGUUUGAUGAUUUUGUUUGGAGUUACUUUGAUGCUUUGUUUGUACUGAUUACUUUAUUAUUUUGUACUUUGUUUACUGUCUUAAACUAAUAAUUUGUCCUACACAUCCAUUUUAGACUGCUAUGUUAACUGUGCAGCUCAUACUUCAGCUUAUUAUGGUCUUGGUAAAAACAAACUAGUUUGCAAAAAAUUGUUGGUGUUGAUGCUUGAAACAUCCCUUUAAACUGUUUUAUCCAUGACCUUGUUAGAACUAACCCUUUAACAAAAGACUGCAGAGAAAGACUGAGCUUGACCACAAAUGGAGCAACAUUAAAUAUGAAUUUUCACUUGUGGACUUACUCUUGGGGUCAUACUGCCUCUGAUCAUGUGUGUCAUCCUGAGCCCCUGUUGACACCUAAAGAUUCCUUCUCUGUUUUACUCUGGUUCAACACUUUUUAGUGUGACCAGGCUGCUCAAUGCAGAGAGAGAGAGACAUGUGAAAGUAUUUGUAAUGUGCCGAGGUCAUGCACAUCUCUGCUUUAAAGUCAAGGUCACUACAAAUCAAAGCAAAGGAAUCACAAGUGGAAUUAGCCAGUGUUAUUUGAAGUCUUUGAUCCAUUGCUUACUGUCAUAAAGGAUUGUGUGGCUUUUGAUAUUAAACUAUUUGUCCUGACCUUUUUUUGUUUUGUACGCAUGAACAUAUUUUCUUAACAUUAUUCCUUGUAUAGUUGUCUACACUGACAAGAACAAAAUAAUUAAUAGUUGAAAUAACCUAAAAUAUAAGUCAUAUAAAGCUUUUGCACAUUGGAUUCAAAUUCAAAUUACCUAUUCAAAUUCAAAUGAAAGCCACAUCUGCUGUUCGGUGAUUCCUCUCUGUACGACUCGCUCUCACAAUGAGCCCUUUUGUAUGUUACAGUUGAUUUGGGAUGAUCAUGGUGUUUACCUUGGAUUCCUACAGCUACGAAUGCUUUAAGUGACGAGAGGAUGUGCAAAUGCCCAGUUUGCUCAAGGACCCCGGUGAUAUAUUGUGAGACGUAAAAUGAGUCGGGCUAAUGUGAAUCAGUCUCUCUAACCUUGACUCUGUUCUCUCUCUAUGAGUCUUCUAUAUUUACAAUAUUCCUGUGUGUGAUUCUCUGCACAGCUUCCCAGUCACACACUUAACGAGCCCCUGUGGAUAUUUUAUUUUAAUGCCCCUUUAUUAAGGUCAUUCAUUAUAAAACAAAUGCUCCAAGCGUUCAUGUAUGAGUAAAGCAGUAAAACCGUACAAUUUCUGUAGUACCGUCCAUCUUAUUAAUAAAUUCUGUCACAUGAAAACAUA